AUGUUUGUAAGCAUGAUUACAUCCGGGAGCACGAUUGCGAAGGAGAUCAUGGGUGGCAUGCAGAGUGUUAAUGGGACGUUUGAGAUUGGGGCGACGUUGUGUAUGCCCGGAGGGAAUGAUACUGCCCCGGAGCAGGUGCAGAUUUUGACGCAUGGGGUUGGGUUUGAUCGGAAUGUUUAUUCGGACUUCGCACCAGGCUACAGCUACGUCGACGUAGCCGCCCAAUACAACCACGCGACCUUCUACGACCGUCUAGGCGUCGGCAAAUCCGCCAAACCAGACCCCAUCAACACCGUGCAAUCACCCCUCGAGGCCGAAAUCGCCAACUCCCUCGCCAAAUCGCUCCGCCAGGGCGCUUUCAGCGGUAUCGCAUUCAAGAAGGUCAUUGGUGCCGGUCACUCGUUCGGCAGUAUCAUUACCCAAGCCAUCACAGCGCAGUACCCAGCAACUCUCGAUGCUGCAAUCUUGACGGGUUUCUCGACGAAUAGCACUGGAAUGCCGCCGUUUUUGCAGGGCUUGAAUUUGGCCAUUGCGUCGCAGAAUAGCCCAUACAGGUUUGCGGAUCUGAAUAAUGGUUACAUCGUCUCGUCAUCGGCCAUUCCGAACCAAAUCGAAUUCUUCCGCGCGCCAGGUUUCGAUCCGGCGAUCUUGUACCAGGCUGAGGCGCAGAAGGGGACUGUUACGCUCGGUGAGCUACUCACCACAUCGGCAGUGAUGGCACCAGCGAUGAACUGGACCAAGCCUGUGGCUGUCGUUAACGGUGCUGAGGACCUGCCAUUCUGUCUUGGAAACUGCUCGUACCCGACCAACAAGGCGCAGGCGGUGUUCGCGAUGCUGUACCCUGCGACGAAUACGACUGGAGCCUAUUUGAGUGAGGUUGCAGGACAUGGGUUGAAUCUGCAUUAUUCGGCUGUUGAGGCAUAUCAUUAUAUCCAGGACUUCAUCGGCAAGAAUGUGAGGUAG